GCCCUAUUUCCGGUAUUACAGUGUGGUGUGUGUGGUGUAAUCAAUUUGUCAUCUGUUCGUGUUUAGAAGAAAGGCUGUGUAAUGUCAUCGGGACUUUUUACCUGCAUCACCUGUCGGGUUGGGUUCCGGGAUGGAGAUCUACAGAGAGCCCAUUACAAGACAGACUGGCACAGGUACAACCUGAAGCGUAAAGUGGCAGAUCUGGGGCCUGUGACUGCUGAGGUGUUCCAGGACAAAGUCCUCUCCCAGAGGGCCAAGUUGGAGGAGGAGCAGAAAACUCAGUCUAUGGUGUGUCAGCUGUGUAGUAAACACUUCAGUACAGAGAAUGCCUACCAGAACCACAUCCAGUCCAAGAAACACAGGGAGGUGGCAGCUAAAGCCCAUCAACAGGAAAACACAUAUACCAGCGGUGCCCAAGCCCCGGUAAGUUCGGUCCAGAGAAAGAAGGAUGCCAUUAACACACAGAUACAACAGGAUCUACAGAAAGCUGAGGAACUCAGUGAGGAGGCCAAGAAAGGGCUAGCUGAGGGUUCUGAGGAUGAAGAUGAUGAGGAGUGGGAGGGUGAAGGGCUUGGCAUUGAGGAGUGUCUGUUCUGUUCCUCCAUCAGCUCCUCACUGGAAAACAACAUCAACCACAUGUCCGUCAAACAUGGCUUCUUCCUCCCCGAUGCCGAUUAUCUGGUCGAUGUAGAGGGAAUGGUCACCUAUCUUGGUGAGAAGGUGGGCGAGGGACACAUGUGCCUGUGGUGUGGGGAGAAGAGUAAGAUGUUUCACUCGGUGCAGGCAGUACAGAAACACAUGGUGGACAAGGGCCACUGUAAAAUUCUGUUUGAGAAGGAGUCUGCACUGGAGUUUGCUGAUUUCUAUGAUUACAGGAGUAGUUAUCCAGACCAGGGGGACACGCCCAUGGAGACGGGGGAGGGAGGUGAGGAGGAGGUAGAGGUGACAGAGAACACGCUGGACACAGAGGGCUACGAACUGGUCCUACCCUCAGGUGCCACCAUUGGACACCGGUCGCUCUGGAAAUACUAUAAACAAAAUCUGCCUCAAAGGUCAUCAGAGGGGUCAUCUACAGUACUGCCCAAAAUGCUGGCUCAGUACAGGGCAUUGGGUUGGACAGGUGUCACAGGAGAAGUUGCUAAGACAAGAGUAAAGGACAUGGCUUUCGUGCAGAGGAUGAAAAAUCGACAGCGAAUGCAAUUGGGAUUGAAGGCCAACAAGUUUCAGCCUCACUUUAGGUGCCAGGUCAUGUUCUGAAAGUCCUGUAUGAAGUUCAUUUGUGGAGGUCCUUUGUUAAACUAUCUUCAAUAUUCCAGUCAUUUAUUACAUGGAGUUAUGAAUCAAAUCAUGCAUAUGAUGUGACAGUUAUUUCUUAUAACAUACUAGAAUUACAUGUAAGAAGUAGUGAUUCUUUAUAGAAUUAAUACAUAAUUUUGAUGUCAACAUACAGUACAAAUGUACUAUUGCCUGUGAUUUAAGAAAGAAUUAAAAUUAUUUACAGGAA